AUGACUCAAUCUUGGCCAGAUUACUCUAAGGCACCAACCACUGCUUCACCCUCUACCUCUCGCCCUGAAUAUAUUUUCGAUUCUAGCUUGAGGAGGAAGUAAGAUCUAAAUUCCCUUUUAUUUUGUUCACUUUAUUUUCUUUUCAUAAUCAUUAGUACAUUCCCUUUCUGUUAGUUUCAGUUUUUUUCUAUGUGGCUUGCACUGCAUUUAAUGAACUAUUGAAAUAUGAUAACAUUACAAGUGAGAGUCAUAAGUUCUACAGAACAGUCAAAGUUUACUGGUGAGAAAAUGAGAGGCAUAAGUUCUAUAGAACAGUCAAUGUCGGCCUUAAGGUUUCAGCACGUUACUUCGUGAAGAUAUUCUGCCCACACUACGUCCAGGUUUUAGUUUAGAUAAUAUUUGGUGCUGUUGUGGAGCCGGGAUCGAGUUUCAAUGCUUCCUGUUAACGGCUUACCAAUCUUGGCUAAUUUUUUACUUGUUUCCAUGCGGGUUCCAUCUAUUAUUUGCCCCAGUAAUCAUAAAAAAAACUUGUUUCUUUUACAAAAAUUAAUAUUAAUUAUUUACCCGACAUGGGUAACGUUAAAACCAAUACACGAAAGAGGGGCAUAUUGCCCAAAAAUUAGAUGGAAAGUUAACUGCUUACUGGAACUGAAUGUUUGUAGAUAAAUUCAGCAUGAAGGGUAUAAACCGGUAACCUUUCAUGCAAUUGAGGGAAGGGUUGGGACUGAAGGCUAUGUACCUAGUGCACUACAGGGAAUGUUGGAAGGUAGUCUAAUUGUGUUUUGAUACAAAUGCGAGAUAUUCAGAGAAGCCGAGUAAGUGAUGCCUAUGAUGUUUUAGGCUUGCAAUGUUUUUUGAUUAAUAUCUUUAGAGCUUUUCAGGUUUCAUGACAACAUUUUGCAAUUGGUAUUUCAAAUAUCCAUUUUAUGCAUCCAAGACAUGGAAUUUUCUGCACGAUCUGUGCCGACUGGUUUACCUUUCAAAUCAUUCCUUUAAUAUUUUUGUCAAAGUUCGAUGUUAAAAUUAAUUUGUGCAUGAGUUUUUUAGUUGUCGCUUUCUCUUAUCUCCAGUCGCAGAAAUGUCUUUCUGUUGUUAUCAUGGAGGGAAAUAUCACCUCAAACCAAGAAGUUGUAUCGGAAAUUCGUGGGAGGCACCUUAUUUUACAAUGAAGAUGACUGUGGACCAGAACGCCAUGAAGUUGACGCAAAACGUUCCCUGGCAUCAUGGUAAUAAUGUCCUGCUACUACCUAGAUCUUAUGUCCAAGAAACAUGUGACAUCGUUACAAAUUUUGAUUAUAUGCAUCAUUUUAUGUUGAAAAAUUUCAAUUAUUCCUGGUUAAUUCAUUUCUGGUUCACACGACUCCAGGCAGAUAAAGCGCCACACAUAGUCAUUGUGUACAUUCCCUGACGGUGGGACCGGAUUAAAUAAACCUUUUUUCAUAUUUCUAGGGUUGAAGCAGAUUCACUUCAGCAUUUGACAGCUACAUAUUGUCCUCUUCUACCUCCCCCAAGAUCAACAAUUGCUGCUGCCUUUAGCUCUGAUGGGAAAACACUUGCUUCGACUCAGUAAGAGAGUUUCCGUGGAUUUUGUCUUAUAUGAUCAACUAUUUGUUACGUUUUUUGUUUUGAUUAAUUUUCACUUUCUUGUCUACAGUGGUGAUCAUACUGUUAAAAUUACUGAUUGCCAGACUGGAAAAUGUCUGAAGGUAUUAAGUGGCCAUCGACGAACACCUUGGGUGGUAAGCCUUUUUAGUUAUGCACAUGAUAUUCCAUUAUUCCUUUUGGUCAUUAGACUAUUAUUUUUUUUAAUAUAUGGAGCUAGUUCAUAUUUAUUCUUGUGGUAACUUUUUAGUUGUAUCUGGGUCGUUUGCUUUUUGUUUGACAUUUAGCUGGUGUAACGAAGUGGGUUAAGGUUGAUUUAUUUGGAGUAAUAUUAUAAAUAAUGAAAUAUUGUUUGUACUUGAAUUAUAUAUUUUAAUAUUCAUCACUGUUUAAGAAGAAUGUGAUUCUCGUUCUUCCCCAAUUAUGGUCUUUGAAGAAUGCUAUUGAAGCAUCUUUGAUAAAGUUAAAAAAAAUUGUAAUAUUGGAAGGGAGAAGUCUAUAUGAGUUCGCUAGUCGUACCGUAUCUAUUACUUACUGGGAACUAAAUCUGCAUAUAGACCCGAAUUAGAACCUGUAUGUCAAUCUCUCCUGGCACUAGCCAUGUUCCCUUAGAAGAUUGGUCACGUCAUAUCUGAGUCUCCAGUGUAAAGGAAAAAAGAGUGGCAAGCUGACUGCUGAUCGACUUUGUCUGUAAAUUUUCCAAUGCAGCUCAAUUUAAUGGUUUUUUCAUAUCUAGAAACAGUCGAAAUUUAGCCCACUGAAAGUCAAAUUUGAUUCCUUAUCAUUACUCACCCUGGCUUGAUAAUAGGCGACCUGCGUAGAUCGCCUAUUAUCUGAGAUAACUGUGUUAAUUGUCCCAGGGAUGGCUCAAAAUGAUUGCCAUAUUCUGUUAAAAUCAACAAAAAGAGUAUUGUCACAAAAUAUGGUGGUUAGUUUUAGGAUUAUAUGAAUUUUCCUUGUUAAGGGAUCUAGACCAACCAACUGAAGAUGAUUCUGGUUGGAUAUUUUCUGUGUAUUGAUGUCCUCGAAUAUCUUUUGCUGAAUACCUAGAAAACCAGAAUGAAUUCUUAUGGAGUUGAAUUAAGCAAAGGCUGAAGUUUUGGGAGAAAUAAACGGUUUAACCAGGUGAGAGGUUGGGAUUAGGACAACAGUUUUGAUCAGCAUGGCAUGUUGGACCCUGGAUUUUCCAAGGGGGGGUGUAAGACGCUCUCAUCUACAAAUUGCAUGUUUGAGACUUCACACUGGUAAUUUUUACGUUUUUAAGGUAUUGAUUUUUCUGGUAGAGGCAUUGUAGGUAUGGAAUUUCCGUUUCUUUUGAAAAUGGUAUAAUAACAGUGUAAUCUGUUCGAGAUGUCUUAUGACUUUGGUGAUUUUUUAAACUUUUAAGGUAUUGAUAUUUCUAGUAGAGGGAUUGUAGUCAUGAAAUUUCCUUUUAUAUUUUUUUGAAAGUGGUGACAUCACAUUGUAAUCCGUAGACCAUGGUUUUGUCCUGUUAAUUCUGAAUCUUCAUCUCUGGAAAGAGUUGUGCCAAUAAUAGUGUCAAACUUCUUGUCUUUUACUCAUUGUACUUAAUAUUUUUAUUUCUAGGCGGAACUCUCUUCACUUCUCAUUUAAGAGAAAUACUGAUUAUUGCUAGUAGAAGGAGACGAACUGAUUAUUGCUCCUAUUGAAACUGUAAUUUAUUCCACCUUCCAUUAUAAGACAAUAGUUUCGUUAUUUCCACAUAUUUGUGAUUGAAAUAUCUAGAACCACGAAGCUGUGAUUCAUUCUAGUUUUCUUGUUGUGAAAUUAUUAUUGUUUUAGUUAGUGAUCCUGUCCAACUCUGCAGGUUAGGUUCCAUCCACUAUAUUCACAAAUACUUGCAAGUGGAAGCUUAGAUCAUGAAGUUCGCUUAUGGGAUGCAAAUACGGACGACUGCAUAUGCUCACAUGAUUUCUGUACUGUUGCUAUGCGACUAUUUUCCUCUAUGAUUAAUAAACCUCCAGAAUACACAUCUCGUUCUGCUAUUUUCUAUUUUGCAUUUUAUCAGUCUUCUUUGAUGGGCUAAAUAGGCCUUAUAUCAUUUCUUUGAUCAGAUCGUCCCAUUGCUUCUAUUGCUUUCCAUGCACAAGGAGAGUUUCUCGCUGUAGCCUCAGGUCACAAGGUAGCCCUUCUAUUACUGGAAUCCAACAGUGUUUUACGUUAUAAAAAAAAAUCCUGCUUAUUUUAAUCAGUUUUUUUUUUACCGUGGUAUUCAUUUGAGAUUAUGAUGAAAGCAUAUGAUGGUGAAAUGGUUACCAUGUGGCAGUUGUUCAUUUGGAAUUACAAAAGGACAGGAGAAGCAUCUUCUCCAGCUAUUGUUCUGAAGACACGUCGAUCACUGAGGGCUGUGCAUUUUCACCCUCAUGCGGCUCCAUUUCUUUUAACCGCCGAAGUAAGGAUUUAUUUAACGUUUUUUCUAUAAUUUCUCUUUUCCUUUAUUAAGUUGUCUAAUCCUUUUCUUUACUUUAAACCAGGUUAAUUAUCUUGAUUCUUCAGAUUCUCCUCUGACACUUGCAACAUCUUCAGGGUAUUUAAAGUACCCGCCUCCUGCAAUAUUUAUCUCAAACUCUCGUUCUACUGCAAUUGGAAAAUCUGAGAACAGUGUUCUUGUACCUCCUGGCUACAUGUUGUUACCGGCCUUCACAAGAGACGGUGGAACAUAUUUGCAACUGGAGGACAAGUUAGUUAAUCCUGGCAAUAAUAGGUUAACUGGUUCCUCUAGUGCACAACAGAGGUCUGAACCUUUUCUUCAGAAUCACCUUUGGUCAUCCUCUGGUUUAGGAAGACAAAAUGACAAUGUGGUACCUAUGGAGAUCUCUCCUGUCGAAAUUGCGGGCGCAGACUCCGUGCCCAAUGAUUCAUCAUCAAGGUGUUUGCCGGCUGAAAUUGACAAAAUAAACGAUGACACUGUGAUGAAUACUGUGGAAACCUUUGAAGGGCAGUCUACUUCAAUCUCACCUGGAAACUCAAAUAACAUUGUUGAGAAAGAAGAUGAUAUUGCACUGCAGUCUAUUUCCCAAAAUGAGACUGCUGGAGAAAUGCCUUUAGACCAAUCAAGCUUUGGUGGCAUGUCUGCUCUUCAUUCUUCCAUGUCUUUGGGGAACACUGGCAAUCAAGUGCCUUCAAGAAUUGUAGAGGCUGGACAAAUUCAUCAAUUCUUUCCUUUAGGUGAUCCAGGACCCUGGGCAUUGCCAUGUUUACAGGGGUGGUUAAUGGGUCAAAGGCAUGCUAGCCUACAUCCAAUGUUAUCUUUGAAUAAUUCCAUGCAGGGAAUCUUUUCUUCUAUUCAUGGAAUGAGCCCUGAAGUUUUGACAUUAGAUUUGCCACCAGCUCGUAAUGUUGAGACUUCAUCUAGUGUACCCGUAAAUGUUGGGCAUAUGAGGGCACCUGGACGAUCUAGUUCUCGCCAUCGUUCUCGGUCUCGUCUGAUGGAUCUUGUAGAUUCUGAAGAAGGUGGUACUCAGAAUGAUGAGAAUGAGUCACAAUUUGGUCGAAAUAACGUGGGUUCCGAAGUAGCUGCGUCUUUAGUGGCAGCAGCUGCUGCAGAAUUACCUUGUACAGUGAAGCUAAGAAUAUGGCUACAUGAUAUUCAAAAUCCAUGUGCUCCCCUGGACUCGGAGAGAUGUAGAUUGACAAUACCACAUGCCGUUCUGUGCAGGUAUUUUCGCUUCCAUGCAUCCAUGACCAUUACUUUCACUUUUUAUUGCUUUUUGAAGCUCUAAACUUAUAUACAUGCACGGUACUGAUUGGAGUUGGCAUCCCAAUGAAUACACGAAAAAUCUCUUGGUCGUUCAUACACAUUGCAGCUAAAUAUGAUUUUUUGAUCCACGUUUGGCAAAAAUUCAUCCAUUGACAGGAUUAUCCAUUUUCCAUCAUUGAAAUUGGGUUUUUGACUUUCAUAAGUAUACUAAGUACCUUUCUUUGACUAAAUGUUAUCAAUGACAGUGAAAUGGGCGCCCACUUUUCUCCGUGUGGGAGAUUUCUAGCUGCAUGUGUCGCGUGUUUGCUACCUCACAUGGAAGUUGAUCAUGGAUUGUCACCACAGAUACAACAAGAUGCUCCGGGUGCAGCGACAUCCCCAACUCGCCACCCUAUUUCAUCUCACCAAGUGAUGUACGAACUUCGCGUAUAUUCCCUUGAGGAGAUAACGUAAAGUUUCAAGCUACUAGUGUUUAUUCAUUCUUUUGAUGGAGAUAUUUUCUUCAUUUACUGUUGUGAGUGCAUCAAAAGAAUUUUUUUUUUCAAAGAGACUACAUCAUAUGUUUUUCUUUUUGUCCUUCAUUAAAUUUCAGAUUUGGAAUGGUUUUGGCUUCAAGGGCAAUCAGAGCUGCUCAUUGUUUGACGUCUAUUCAGGUCCGUUAAUUCUCCAGGCAAAUGUGUCCUUGGGAAUUUAUUUAACAUCUUUUUGACAUUUGUUCCAAAUUGGAUUGAUGAAUAUUCACCUCGUUAAAACGUUUGUAAGGUCUGUGUUAUGAUGUGUCUUGUAUAAUUUAUUUUUUUGGUUUAUUAAACUUACCCAGAGUUCUGUGUGUUCACUUUUGGAAAUAACGAGCAAAAGGGGUGUUUAUAUCCUAAGCCUUGCAAAGAUGACCUGAAAUGACUGUAUUCUUCAUCUUUGCAUUAUCAUAGCUGCGUCAGCGGUGUUGGACACUAAGCUCUGCCAUUCAAAUUUAAGAUGUGAAAUCGUCAUAUCCUUUUCUUUCUAGAGAAACUGUUAAAUAUAUUAUAAGAGGGGAUAAACAAAACCAUUGUGGAGGCUCAUUGAAUUUUUUUUGCUACUUGAAUGUUCAGCAGAGUUCAUUUCCAACCCCACAAUCUGUCUAAAUUUAAAUGUUCAGCAAAGGCCUAUGAUCCUUGGGACGCUGAUGUUUCCUUCAAUGUUGAUAAGAAUGCCUGUCUUAUAUGAUAAAAAAGUCGAAGUUAAGACAUGAGAGUGUUGGUGGAAUAUAUGCAUAUGUGCACUGAAUGAUUAAUAUUUUAUAGUAAAGUUGAUUGAACGUGCUCGAGAUGGUAGUAGUUAAUUACUCAAAUCAUGAAAAUGUUUGUGCCUUCUGUGUUAAUGAAAUCUAUUGGAUUUUGUUUUGUUUUUACUUGAUGGGGAAAUUUCUGAAAGUUAGUAUCAGGAUAUUCGAUAUCUUUCUGUCACCGAGAUGCUUUGACGUUAUUGCUUUAAAGUUGAAGAUCAGCCUACAGAAUAUAUGAUCGGGAACUUGUUUUUUUUUUCCUUUUUGGGUAUGAGCUACAAUAUUUCCCCUAUGUGCAUUGUCCACAAGAAAUUCUCCCUCAAUUUACGAAAAUAAAAUGCAGACUUUUGUUGUCUAUUUGAACUUUCCGAUUGCUUAUCAAAGUAUGAUUAUAACUUUCAUGUAAAAUCAUCCUUGCGUGAAAUGGGAUUUGUUCUUCAGAGCUGUGCUGAAUUGGCUACUUGAUGUCAGUAAUUUUCUUCUAAAGGUUGACGGUAUAUUUAAUUUUUAUGAUCAAAUCAUGUGGACGAUAUUGAUUGAUCUUUUAUAUUUCUUUCUAUACGUAAAUAAACUAUUUCGUCAUUCGGUAAGGUUUGGGUACAACUUUUACUGUUUUGAGAUUUUAUUCCUGUAUUCUAUUUACUUUGUUUUCUGGACAAAUAUUCUUUCACAAUGUCCAACUUUUACCAAAUAUGCUGCAUGAACUGUAUUUUUCUAUGAUUUAAUUUAGCAUCAUAUUGUUUCUGAGGGCCAAGCAAAAUGGGUUCUUUUUGUUAUAUUUGUGAUUUAUCCGUUAUUAAUACAAGAGAAAGGUUGUUUUCUGGUCUAAUUUAUCUUCUUUGUAUAUUUAUUUAUAAAAAUUAAGAUUUAAAUUUGAGUGAUAAUUGUUCCUGUUUAAAGUUAAUAUUUGCCCUAGCCAUCAAAGCACAUUUUAUCUUAUAUUGGAGCAUUUUUUUUGUUAAUAAGCUUAUAGAAAUUUAUUUGUAAAGAAACCUUAUUUUGAUGACUUUCUCAUUUAAGAAUUCUUUUUUUCAUAAAUAUUAUCUACUGUGCUAGAGGUGCAAUGUUGGAAAUUAUUCAUUCUAACAUGAGGUGCUGAUUAUUAUAAUGUUUUCUGAAUCUAUGGAAACUGUGUAAUGAUUCUCGUUGUGUAACAUUUCAAAACUCUGGCUGUGUGGUUGACAACCCUACUGAGGCAAAUCCAUUCAUUGUCCGCAAUAAUUGUGCUUUGCCAUCCUGUGACAAUGAACCCUAAUCAAACAUGGAUGUCAAAGAACGUUGGAUUCUAUGAGUGGAAAAGUCAGGAAGUUCACUUAUUGGAGAAAGGAUCACAGAGUGUCCGUGAGGGCAUAUCAUUUCUAGUUUUUGUUCUGGUGUGAAUUUUAGGUGGAGAACAUGUGCCCAUAGGUGGCUUGAGCCUAAAGGGCCCAGAGAGUAAGAAAGAGUUAUUCUUCCAGCGAAGGAAUAUUUAUCUUUUGAGGAUUUUUUACAGUUCGAGCAUGUUUUAGAGGGCACUUUAUGAUCUAGCAAGUUUCAGGAAGAGUUGUGUGGGAAACAGGCCAGACAUACGUCAUGACAUGGAUCUGACCUAAGCUGAGAGAUAAUUGCUUGAUCUAAAACAAAGAUGUUCAUAAAUUUAUCAGAUUUAAAUGAACUCCGGGAGUUAUCAGAUUUAAACAAAGACAUACGUUAUCAUACUUUUCACUUGGUCCUUUUGAACCUUUGAACUCUCUCUCUAUCUCUCUCUCUUUCUCUCCUUCUCGCUCUUAAUGAGGAAAUCCUUCAGGUCUUUUUCCUGCAAUUUGGAAUAUCUUAUGUCUGAAUGAAGAAAUAAAUAAAACAAACUUCAUGAAAAAUUAAACCUGAGUUACGUUUAAUCAAAAAAUGAAAUAAAUGAUCUACCAUUUAUGCUCUUAUAUAAUAUGUACAUCAGAAAAUUGAAAUUUCUUUCUUGCUCAUUAUUUAUUGCUGAGCAUUGGAUCGUGUUUAUAAUGGUGCUAUUGUUGAAGCUCAGGUUGUUCUAUGUGAUACUGUUUUAGAUAAAAUAGGUUUGUGUGCAUAAUUUUAAGGAGUAUACUUGGAAGCUUUAUCAGGUAGUAAGAUACAUGGCUUGAUUUACAUUGUGUACCACGACAACAGAUUGUCCCUUCUUGGUUACACUGGCUUAAUCCUAUCUGCCAUGGUGCCAAAAUGGGCAGUAUGAAAAGACAAGCAAAGCAUUUUAGACAGAAUGGCUUCUGGCUUAUGCAGGCGUCAUGCAUAGAUGCUGACUGUAUGCCUGACAUUGGAGGAUAUCGCGUCCUCAUUUUUUUUAAGCUUAAUUUAUACAUAAUUAUGAAGAGUAAUGCAUUCGCUCCCGUGAAGAUUUGCACUGAAAGUUUUUCUUUGUUUUUUGUUUAUGUCGGAAUUUUUUUAGGUGUAAUCUCGAAUGAAUAAUAUGUCGGAAGUGUUUGGAACCCGUUCAACAGCUUUUUUUUUAAAGCAGCUGUCCCUACAGUUCCUCGCCCACCUUUUAGAAAAAACGUGUGUGGUACAUCUUUUCUCGUUGUUUUUUCUCAUUUUCCUCCAUGCAUUGGGCUGGAGUGGCAUGCAUACUUCUAUUUGAUAGGACGUAUUUUCGUAACAAUUUUUUGUCGUUUAAUUAUGUAGCCAACUUAACAGUGCAGUUAUUGAUCUGUCUGCUAUGGUGUUCUGAUAAUGGUUUUUUCUACAUCCAAAUUUACCCGUCCUUGAAUUCCUUUUGGCAUUGUUUUAAGCCUUCCAUAAUUGUAUCUAUUUAUGCUUUUCAAUUCUUCUCUGCAGUUCUCACCCACCUCUGAGCAUAUAUUACUGGCGUAUGGUCGCAGACAUAGUUCUCUUUUAAGGAGUGUUGUUUGUAAUGGGGAGACGACAAUUCCCAUUUAUACAAUUUUGGAGGUAGACAACUACGGCUCAUAAUGAGAUUGUCAAUUUUAUUUUUUGGAUUUAGAUUCAGUUUCUUUCUGGAAUUCUUUGUGAAUGCCUCACAUGGUGAUGCUAUAGUGGUUUGAGGAUGAUGUGAAUGCCUUUGGUUUUUACAGUGGAUUGCAGAUAAAGCUGAAAUGAUCGUUAUCUGAUAUUAAUUUUCCUACGCAUGAUUUUUCUGUUACUUUAGGUUUACCAGUUAGUACUUUAAUCAACUUCUCUGAGAAUUAACUUUUAUUCCGUGAGUUUAUCGGUUUAAUAGUCAUUUGUAUGAUAUAUUUUUUUAUAUGGUAUUGUGGAGAAUUUGUGAUGAUUGUUGGCCAAAAAAUUAUUUUCUAGAUAUUAUUUGAGAAUUACGUGAGGGUUUACCCCUCAUAAGAAUGACUCUCCUUUCUACCCUGCUGAAAAUUAAUUCCUUGAAUGGGUGCACAUGAUCAAAGAUUUUCUAUUCUUGAAUUACAAAUUGGUUUCAGAGGAGUCACAUGAAGAGGAUCAUUUCUAGUAUACAGGCUUGUUUGGAGGAAAGGAUUUUCAUCCGGAUGGAGUCCAGAGGGUCACUACUGUUUAUUUAAAAUGAGGAAACAAUCUAUAGUUUUCACUUUAGAUCACCAUUUCGUAUGUGCACUCUUUUGGUUCCCCAUGUGUAGGUGGAUUCAUUGCGCAAUCAUAGAUCAAUAAAAAAUGAUUCAAUUAGAGAAUUGGUAGAGUUAGCGACUAUUGGUAAUAAACCGAAUAGUCAUUUGUGCUGACAGACUUUACAAAGAGGACCAUUGAGAAUCCUUCUUAAAUGUGAUCAUUUUACGUGUCCUACAACAGACACGGAUAGGGUGGAAGACAUAUUUGUUUAACUGAAAAUUUUAUAUGAUACCAGCUAGCAAUUGAAUAGAAUAAGUUUGGUGGUUGCUUUUUUCUCGUAUCAAUUUGUUAGACCGUCUGAUUCUUGCCAUGUAAAAAAUUUGAAGUUGGCAAAACCUUGCUGAUCGUUUGUUACUGCUGUUGUUUAAAAUGUGUAUUAAUAUUUUAAGCAAUAAUUGUGACAAAGGAGGAGAUGAUAUAGAGGUGUCCGGAAAUACCAAAAGCUUUGCAUCCCUCCUUGUCUUGGAUGGCCCAGAAAAAUCCUCAAGCAUUGGGAUUUUUGCAUUCCCACAAAUAGGGAUUUAUUUUGGCUCUUGGAAAGCAUUCUAGGCCCAUAUUAGCAGAGUUGAGGAAAUGACAGUGAUGGGUAGGAUAGCUAUGGUUGCCAAAUGAAGGGUUGUUGAAAGCUGUUUGGUUUAUAAUUCUGAGAGAGCAGGGCAUUCUAAAUCUCCGAAUCUGCGUUUCAUGGGAGAUAUGCCUGAAAAGAUAGUGUAUAUCCAUGUGGGAUAGUCUCAGUUAUACAUGUCACUUGCAAGUGUGAUGGUGGAAGACAGCUCACUUGAUGAGAAUUUGAGGGCUUUGAGAUUCUUUCAUCCAUGAGUACUCUCCUUCAUUGUUUGCCAAUGUUUCUGCUGUUUUCUCUAUCGUUUUCACCAGCAUGUUUUGUUUAACCACUCCCUCUUCAAUGGAAUUAUUCUAAAACUGAAACGUCUUGAGGCACUUGUGGGUUCAGUCAUUGCUCAAGUCAUGAUGGCCUCCUGUAAUCAUUUCUUGUUUCCAUGUUUCUGGUGAUUCUUUUUCAUCUGUUGGGAGUGAAGUUGCUCAUUUAAACGUCGUUAUAUCCUCAUUCUAAGCAGACAAUUGGACGUUCCUUUGUUCAUAUUCAUUGCAUUUUUGACAUAGGUGGCUUUGUUGAUUUUGCCUUGCGACCUUUUAUUGUUUGAAGCGUUACGUUCAUCUUGCUUCAACUUCGGCCGCCAGGCAUAGCCUAGGCAUGGGUUCUCUGACAGUAAUUGGGUAACAUGAAUUUGAAUUGCGUAAAUUCCCAUAGUAAUGCGUAUUAGUUCUAGUUCUUCAAGAAAACUCUCCAUGUUGAAAAAUAUAUCGAAUGAUGGGGGACGGAUGAAACAUUGAGAAAAAAUAGAGGGCCGAAAGAGGUGUACCUCCGAGCAGGAGGAAGCCUGGAACAGCAGGAGAAAUUGUCAGAUGGCGAGGGUACUGUUGGUAAGAGGAUAAAUCCCGAAACCUACGGGAAAACCAUAUGAGGGUACCCUCGUGCAGUAAGAGGAAGCUCAUAAUUCCGUUCUCCCACCGUUUGAACUAAGGUUAGAAAUAUAUAUAUCUAUCUAUAUGUGUGUAUUCAAUGGUAUGGGGUUCUCGGACCGAAAAAAUGGAUCUGAGUGUAGGUUCUCAGACCCAAGAUCGAUCUGAGACUUAAUGAGUUAGUGGGCCUAGACAUUCAUGUGGCCAACUGACACAGGAAAAUGAUGUUUACUUGUUUUCAACAGUAUGGAGGCUUAUUAUAUGGAGCUCAUAUAAUCGUUGCCUUGAUAUUAUCUUAUAUUAUAUGAUGUUAUUAAAAAAAAAUCAACAUUGUCUAACCUUGGUUUAAGCCAAGGUCUACUAAAAAAAAUUUAAUUAAACAAAAUAUAUAGAGUUCAUCAGAUCUACUUAGAUGUUAGUUACUCAAAGAUUUAAGCGUUGAUUUAUUGUUUACUCUGGUGCCAUCUUACAUCGUCGAUGUAUCUAUCAUUGGAAUUGAAGGGAACAUUAAGUUAUUUUUUCUCAUCCUUUGAUUACCUGAGUGGUUGGGAUUGGUUAUCAUCAUUGGUGGUCAGUGUUAGUGAUUUGAGGGAGUGAUGACUGAUGUAAUGGAUACAAAUUUGGAAGUUGGAGUCAUUAGAUUUUUAUUGAUCUUUUCGUUAGACAUAUUGUGAUAGACAACGGUAAAAGAUCAUAGUUGAUAUGAGUUUGUCAAUGAAGAUGAAAAUAUUGCAAAACAACCUUUGGGAUUUCCCUUGGAGAUGUACUUGUAGUUUUAGGGGUGGGAGUUAUAAAUGUCACCUAAAGAAAUACCUGCUCGUGUAAUUUUCGUGAAGGUUUUCAUCAGUCAUCGUUUUUCUUGUUUUUGUUCUUAGGUUCAACCAAACUAAUUUUCUUUCAGAAUGUAUCGUCCUUGACCUCGACCUCGUUUGUGAUAACGUUUGAGGCCAGUUUGUUGUAAUGGUUAGAAAGUUUGUGAUGUGGACGUAGUCUCCGCACAAAAGGCAUACUCUAUAGAGUCUUCUUCCAGCAUAUUUUGUCUCGUUUUCGCCAAUCUCUGUCUGUAUCUUUCUUUGAACUUGGUAUCUUCACUUUAUCAUCCUUGUUUAGACUCAUACUAUCUUUUGUCAUUCCUCGUCCCUUUCGCUCUUGAAGAUGCUACGUUUUAGUCUCUGAUUAACACUCUGGACCCACACUGCUCCUUUGAAUCAAUGACAUUCCUCUUUCAGGGAAGGGGUACACUCGUGCAUUCCGCCACAGUAAAUAUGUAUUCUCAUUUCCUGCAGCCAAUAACUUCUUCAAGGCAUUCCACGCAUUGGGCAACGAGGGGAUCUAGGGUUGCUCUAGUGGUGAACUUACUAAAAAAUAAGAUGAUAUGAAAAACAUGAGGAAAAUGUAAGGAAAUGGGAAAAUAAGAGAACCAAAGGAAAAAAAACUAGAAAGAAGGGCAUGUAGAACAAUCCUAUGUAACCACUGCGGGAGUAGGCAUGUCUAACUUAAGACUCCUAUCUCUCUCUUUCUGUGUAUAAUUUCGUAUUUAUGUAUGUAUACAAAUUAAUUUUUGUCCAGUUCUGGACAACCAGAUAGGCCUUGGGCCAUAUGGUCAGGUAAAAUGCGAGCUCAAAUGUAUAGAUUUCCAAAAGUUUCUAUUUAGAUGGCUGUCAUUACAUUGUCGUAUAUUGAACAUUGAAACUAUCAAAUUAUCAUAUAAUUUGCAUCUUUUUUUCAUUAAGGACCUUGUUAUUGUAAAUCAUUUGUUUCAAAAUCCAGACCUUUACAAAUUGAAUGACCUGAUUCAUUGAAUCCAUGUUGGGUCAUCAUAAAUUCCAAGUAAGCUAUCUAUUAUUUAACUUAAUGUGUGGUUUAUCAUUUGCAUGAAUGAACUUGUUCAUAUGCUCGUGUACCAAUGUUUUUAGCUAUCUAAUGCUCGUUUUUUUACUUUCAGUGCGUUUUGUUAUUUUUAGUUGUAUAUAUGGAAAAUGUGGCACUUUUUUCAUGGAACCUUUUAAAAGAAGUAUUUUUAUUCUGUAUCCUGUAAAUCUAGGUCUAUAGGGCUUCAGACAUGGAGCUUGUGAGGGUUCUUCCUAGUGCAGAGGAUGAAGUUAAUGUUGCAUGUUUUCAUCCUUUAGUAGGAGGCGGCCUUGUUUAUGGAACAAAGGUAAUCAUUUGAAUUCUUACCAGUGUUUUAGUCAACAUGUACUAAAUUGAGAAAUGGUUCUAUAUUGCAGGAAGGCAAGCUUAGGAUUCUUCAGUAUGAAGGUCGUCAUUCCGCAUCAUGUUCAGAGCAAAGUUUCUUUCAAGACGAAAACACAAUUGAGGUUAUAUUUUGUGUUUUAGUCAUUAAUAAUGAAUAUUAAGUCAUUAAAAAUGUUAACAUUUACCUCCAUUUAUUGUGUAUCAUUUUUACAUAUUUAUGCAAAUAAUGUUUUCCGUUAUUGAUGAUUCUUCUGUUUAAUAUGGGUAAGAUGCAUCAUAGUUGGGUGAUGAUAUGCAUGAUUCAAUCCUACCUUCUUGGCAGUCAAGGCUCUCUCUUUUAAAAGUUUAUGAGUAGAUCAUCUUUUGAAUGGUAGGAGGAAAAAUUCCAUUAGUAACUUUGAUUUCUUCUGUAGGUCGAGAGACGAGGGCUGGAAUGCUGA